AUGGAGACUCCGGAUGGAGCCGAACUCUGCUUCCCACGACUCAACAACUCCUGCAGGAAGCCCAGCCACCCUUACACCCAGGCCAUGCUGAUCUACGUCCUGCUCUCCUCCAUCUCCAUCAUCACCGUGGCUCUUAACCUGCUCGUCAUCAUCUCCAUCUCCCACUUCAGGCAGCUCCACACUCCCACCAACCUCCUCCUCCUCUCCCUGGCCAUCUCAGACCUCUUCGUCGGCGUCCUGCUGAUGCCGGUUGAAAUCAUCUAUGUGGAGAAAUGCUGGUUUCUGGGUGACAUUGUGUGCACGCUGUAUUACGUCAUCGACUACAUGAUCACCUCGGCCUCGGUGGCCAACAUGGUGCUGAUAUCGUUUGACCGCUACAUCGCCAUCUGUGACCCUCUGUGUUACCCCACCAGAGUGACCAAGAGACGGGCUCAAGUGUGUGUUUGCUUCUGUUGGGUUUGCUCUGUUUUCUACAGGAUUCUGCUGAUGAACGAUCACCUGCAGCAGCCAGGCAGGUCCAACUCCUGCUUAGGCGAGUGUGUCGUCGUCAUCAGUUACAUCGCGGGAGUCGUUGACCUCGUCUUCACCUUCAUCAUCCCCAUCGCUGUCAUCAUAGUUCUGUAUCUGAGGGUGUUUGUGGCGGCUCUGGCUCAGGCUCGAGCCAUGAGGUCUCACGUUGUGGCAGCUCAGCGCUCAGGGACUGGAACUGUGAAGAAAGCAGAGAUGAAAGCAGCCAGGACUCUGGGCAUCGUGGUCCUUGUGUUUUUGAUUUGUUUCUGUCCGUACUACUUCCCCACUCUGGCAGGUGAAGACACGUCGGUCGAUGCCUCUUCUGCAGCUGUUGAGAUCUGGCUGGCACAUUUUAACUCCUGUCUGAACCCGGUCAUCUACGCCUUCUUCUACCCCUGGUUCAGAAAAUGUAUUAAACUCAUUCUCACACUGAAGAUACUGAAACCCGGCUCCAGAGAUAUUAAAUUACUGUAG